CCUGGUACACCAGCUAAAACAGAAGAUGAUGAACAGUCCAGUGAGACAAAACAAUCUGAAGGAACAGAAAGUGGGGGAGGAGGAGGCUGGUUUUCAAAUAUUGGUCACCUUGUUCAGAAUACUGUGAGCAUGGGUGUUUUGGAAACUAUUGGUUCUGGCAGUUUAGAUGUUAUGGAAAAAAUUGGUAAAAAGACAUACUCAGUUAUUACUGAACAUGACCCAGGGUUCCGGAAAGCUCGUCAAUUUCUAGGGAACAAGGGAGAUAAACCUAAUUUGUCAUCUGUAUUGCGUGAUGCUAAAGAGGAUGCAGACAGAAAAGUCGAACAGGAUAAAGAGUCAGCUGAAGCCAGACAGUGUCAUUUUGGUUUCCUAUUUGAUGAAAAUCAAGGUUUAGCUCAUUUGGAAGCUUUAGAAAUUCUGUCUAAUCAGAGUGAAAAGAAAGUACAGGCUCUGUUACAUGCCAUGCCUGAUGAAGUCAUAGGUAAAAUUAAACCUCAACUUUUACAGAUUAAGGACAUAUUUGAAAUUGAAGAUAAAGAUGAUGACAAUGAAGAAGAUGAUCAUGAUUUUGUUCAGUUAGUUACAGAUCAGUUAUCAGAAUUACAUCUUGGUACAACAGCUGAUAAACUUAAACUGGUACAUGAAAGAUCAAGAAAUUAUGUAGAAGAAUUUGAAACAGAAAAGAAAGCAGAUGAAGAUAGUGAAACAGAGUCAAAUGAACCAAAGGAAGUUCACAAGCAUGCCAUCCAAUUUUUAGCUGAUUUAUCAUGUAAAAGUGUUGAACAGUUUCAUAAAGCUGGUGAAUUGAUAUUAUUAAAGAAAGAUACAGAGAAGUCUUAUGAAGACAAAUCUAAAACUCUUGCAAAUUUAACUCAAGUGUUAUGCUCAGAAGUUGGUAUUUUAUCUUCAAAGUUUUCUCAGUGUCUUAAUUCAAUAGCAGAAAAAGACAAAACAAAAGAAGAAAUAGUUAACCCAUUGGUGACAAAUAUUUAUUUAGAGGCAACAAACAGUAGUACAUAUAUACAAGAUGCUUUUCAACUUUUAUUACCUGUUUUACAACAUGCAGUUAUACAGAAUUCAGAUGUUUUACAGUGAACAGGUUGUGCAUAAAUAUUCGAAUAUAGGUCUACCAAUACUCUACUUUUAUGUAUUAAUGACAACAGGAAUUUAAAUUUCAACAUGAAAGCUCUCUGUCAACCAUCCUGCACAAAAUUCUCAUGCAUUUUCUUUUAAAUUGGGAUCCUGUUCAUUUACCCCACUAUUUUUACCCUCAUUUUAACAGAAUGAUAUUGCUGUAUGGACUUCCCUGUAUGAAGAAUGUGACACUACAUAGUCAAAAUGAGUCAAAUUUGAAUUAUGAUUAAUACUACCAUUGUAUCAUUUUGUAUUCAAUCAAGGUUUUAACUAAUUAUUAUGUGAAAAGAGAAGAAUAGAAAAUUU